GUUCUUUCAGUUGGACCUUGUUUUCUUGUGGAGCUGUACGGUGCGCUCAUCUCGGCUAGAUUGAAGAAGAAGAUAAGAAGGUUUGUGAAGUAGCCGCGUCUAGAGCAAUAAAUAAAUAACUACCAGUGGUAGACAAGCUGCUCGGGAUCGAAUCGAUCGUAUCGGAGGUGCCAGGGGAUCGCUUCCGAGAAGAAACUCAAAACACAUCGGUGCAUUGAUCAAAAGCCUGACGGAAACUCAACCGGCACCUCAACGACAUCCAACUUUCCAAGCAGAACUUCAGGAAAGAACGAAGGUGAGAGUCUGAAGCGAGAAUGUCGACCGCAGCAAAGGUUGUGCAGAAUCACGGGGCGACCUCGCCUUGUGAAGUGGUGAUGGACGUGAUGGUCAAUUGCGAUUCACCACCAUCACUGGAGGCGCAAUUGCCAGCAAGCAGUGAAGGAGGAGUAGCUCCGGCACUAACGGCGCAGACUGUCGGUGAUAGGCUGUUGCACUGGAAAGGCAUCAUCAAGCAGAAUAGACAUUGUUCGUACUAUGCCGUCGGACAAGCCCUCCAUUCCAUUCUAUACGACGAGCAUCUUCUAAGCACUAGCUGUUUUCACGCGUGGACGAAAACUGAGGUUGGCCUGUCACGAAGCAACGCCUAUGAGUAUAUUCGCGGGUACAAGAUAGCACGAAUGAUCCGCAGUCAAGACCCCAACAUGUUAGUUCCGACGGCUUUGUCGCAUUUCCGAGUGUUCAACAAUAUUUCUUUGGAAGACAAUGCAGUGAAGGUGUUUCAGCUCUGGAAAGCAAUUCUGGAAUCAACACCACCAGAGAACAUACAUCAAUUGACAGCAAAGGAGAUCCUGGCCAAGGGCAAAUCUAUACUCUGCAACGGCACCAGCAAUGCGGACACCAUGCCAAAGCAUCAUCUCCAUGGUGAUGACUUUGAAAUGCAGGAGAGCCUACCUUCCUCUGCUUUGUCCCAGGUGGCUAGCAGUAACAAGAGCAGGCAGCCAGUUUGGGAACAUGAGCGCAGAUCCGUUGGUUACUCUCAAGCCCAGCAACAUGAUAUCGACUGUGAGGCGCAUGGUGACGUCGAUUACAAUGGUGCCUACAGAUACACUGAUGACGACGCCGAUGAGCAACCAAUGUUCGAGACCAACAGUCGGACGACACACGCAGGUCAAGCAAAGCGCCGCAAUCACCCAAGCCGACAUCGCAAUCACCCAAGCAGACAUCGCAAUCACCCAAGCAGACAUGUGAUGAGUACCAGUGGUAACAAUGGCCACGGCAUGGUCAAUGACCAGCAACACGGCCAACAGUGUGAACGGCAUGUAAACGGUGACAUUGCUGUUCGUUCACCAGACGACGCGCUACCACCACUACCACCACUACCAGCACUGAUUCCAAUAUCCAUCACACCAGGACAACUGGCUGUUCGUUCACCAGACGACGCGCUACCACCACUACCACCACUACCACCACUGAUUCCAAUAUCCAUCACACCAGGACAACUGGCUGGUAUUGCCAGGCGAUUGGUUAGGCCUGGUUUUGAUGUGUCCGUGUGCCCAGCGGAGACAAGCGACGAGGAGUGUGUCAUCGAUGCAGCAACAACGCACAUGUCCCAUGGAUACAGUAAACCAUGGAGAGGAACAGUUUGGGGAAACUUCUCCGGACCCCGAUUUGACGACCAUGACGAACUGGCAGUCUACGUUGGUGCAGCAAUGGAUAGGUUCAACGAUGGAGAGUAUGACUCGGGAGUGUUCGUUGUGAAUGUGGCAUUCUUCUCCAGCUUCUUCCCCAAGCUACUCCAAUACCCGCACUGCUUUCUUCGGAAGCCACUAGAGGCUCACUUGCCAGGUGAUAGUACCAAUGAUGAUGCCAUCACCCACCACCAAGUCAUUGUUGCCUACUUUGGAAGCGAUGUGAGCCAGUUUGUUCAGGUCAUGACCAACCAUGGCUACAUUCCUGGUGUCAAUAGCUGGUGUCCUUUCUAAUCAUUCCUAUAGAAAUAAAAAUUAUGCAGUGUAGUGGACAUACGGUAUCAUUGCUACUUCUUGUAUUGCUACUGUUCUAUCCUCUUGAUGUAACGACAGAGCUGAGCCUGUGAACGUUUUUGUUUUUUUCACGGCGUUUUCUCUUGUUCUGAGCAACUCCAUUGAACCUGCCAUCGUGGUCUUUGUUUUUCCUCUUGGUAGUUAAAGGUGCCCGCCCACCCUGGUUUCAUGGGGGUCUUCCGCUGUUCUUCUUGAUAUUCUAUGCCAAUGUGUGUGGCUUAUGAUUAUGACAUACACUGGACAUUACAUACCAUUUCUUGCUGUCUCUAUUCUUGGGUCCGACUGGCAGCGGGGCAGGAAUUAUUGAAAUAGAAAGGUUUUUUGGCCGAAAGGCGUGUUUUUCCUCUAGCCCGGUUGAGCGGUCGCGGCUAGGAAUGUAGGGAGUCAUUGUUUUUCAGGCGCUCCCCUGCUGCCCAGUCACCCAUGCUCACCACUGGCCAUGCUGUUCCACUUGAUUUAACGGCCUUUUCUCCCGCUUGCUGGCUGUUCUUUGAUGGAUUUAGAUGUUUUUCGGCUAUUUAUCUAUUACAUUGUAUGUGGCUGCGAGUGUAGUUUUUUGCUUCUUCUCAUUUCUGAAAACCACUACGGUGGUGAGUGUGAUUGCUCUGGUAGACCA